AGGAGGCUCGCAGCCACUGGCCGCGCGCGUAUCGCCUCGCUGUAUCUGCAACGGCAGCGAGGCCGAGUGGCUGACCGGUGGCCACACCAAGCAGCUCUACCUGGAUUCCGGGAGGCCACGGCGCGUCUAGCCGUCGCCGGAGAGCCGCCUGCUGGAGGGAUGACGUCGCCGGCGCAGGCCGUGGUGGCGGUGGCGCUCGCGGCCGUCCUCUCGACGCCGGCUCCGCAGCCGGACACCUUCUCCAACAUCCCGCCCACGCUCUCCGGGGGCGACGGCAAGCCGGAGCGGAUCAAGCACCCCAGGUCGGCCAAGGCGCUGCAGUGCACGACCAAGUGCGUCGGCACCUGCAUCCGCGGCGGCGGCGGCGCGCCCGGCGAGGGCCCCCUCAACGUCAGGAGGCCGCUCGUGGUGUUCAAGGACGGGUUCCGGACCCGGCAGUACUGCCUGAUAGAGUGCUCGGAUAUCUGUAAUCGCAUCAACGAUGGCAAGGAUGGACCCUGAGCCGUCCGUGACAGAAUAACUGAGCAAUUUGUAAAUUUGUACGGGGUUACUGAAGCAACUGCAAUGGCUGCAUUUCAGAGGCGUUAAAGGUACCUACACAUGGGAUUCAGGAGACUUGGUAGCUGGAAUUGUGUAUGCAACAACCUGAGCAAUCCUAGCGGAUUGCUCCCAGAAGCUGCAGUCCAAUGAAACUACCGCAGGGUUGCAGCAUAGUAGUAAUUUUGGUUGGUCCCAGUGCGAUAGAAGGUAUAUAUAGAGAUUAAAUUCUCCAAGUCUAAUUUUACAUUCUUGGCAGUGGGUUCUUCAUGCAGCAUGUGGAUAUAAAUGUUGUCAGAUCAAUGAUAAACAGAUAUACUUGGUAAACAGCACCAUGAGGAAUUCAUUUUUGUUUUGAAGUAGGAGAUAUGUACAGAUUUUUCAGGAAACUCGACAGGGUGUCGAAGCAAGGGAAACUAUUCAGCCAUUACAAAGAUAUACAUCUGACUUCCAAUGAUACAGAUCGCAUCCUAUUUUUUUUCUUCUCGAAGUUGAUACUCCCAUGAUCCAUGGAUAUAAAAUUACUUUCCAAGAUAUACUCAACUCCAAAGACAGAUACUCUCUUGUUUCAACUGUCUACCAAGGCUUGGACAGGAGAUGUGUGCUGUUUAUGUUCUGUUGGCUGUUAGGCUGUUAGAAAACAUGCAAACACAUCAGCAGAAGCAACAACAUAUGGUUUUAUGGUGGACCUAAAUCCAUGAUAGAAAAAAAUAAGCACUAGAGGCUAUUAUUAUAGCUUAUUACCAAUUAGGUUAUCUGGGCAAAGAAGCAUCCGAAUAUUGAUGGCAGUUAAUUUAACAAUCCUGUAUCUGGCAGGAAGAGGUACCGGAACCGAGAAUCAAAUGGGAUGAUGCCAAAAGUACGGGUGCCCAGGAGACUUUGCCGCCUUUGAGACACACAGUGAUCAACAAAUGUAGCUUGCUGCUGAGGAAGAAAAUGUGAUAUCCAAAUGGGGAAGCUGUUGUCAUCAACAAAACCACGGGCAAAACAGUGUAGCAUCUUAGGGACCAGAAGCUUCCCUUUUCGACUUACUCCUACUGAUGCUCUAAUGAAAUCACGCUGUGCAUCUUGAAGUUCGUCCCUCACAUUAUCUGCUGUGUAUAUCUUCACCUACAGUGACAAUUAGUCCUUAGUAAGCCAUAAAAUCUCUGCACUCGAAAUAAUCAUGAAGGCCUAUUGUCAAAAAAAAAAGGUUCUCAGUGUUAGAUGAAGCCAAAGAAGGAAUCUGAACUUACUGCAGGAGAAGAAUGCAUUCCACAGCUGAGAGCAAACGUCAAAAGUGGCUCGGGUGCCUCAAUGCAGAUUUUUUUCUGCUCCUCAGGUACCUUCAUCUUCUGAAGGGCAAGAAGCAGGGCCUUGACAAAAGAAAGAAAUAAUUAUCAACAGUUUGCGUUGAUUAACAGAAGGUAAUGAAAAUAAGUAGCACUGGAGCUAUUUGUCCUGCAAGGUUUGAGUAAGUGGCAUACCAUCUGUGGCCUAUGACUUGGUGGUUUCAUCUUCAGAAUUACAUAUUCAAUAAACGCAGCACUGAAUGAGUGCCCCCCAAUUGUAUAUGCAGCCUACAGGGACAACAAAUAUAAAAUGAUGAUUAUCCAGAAAGAAAAGCAUGUUAGACAA